GGUAUGCAUGGAUAUGACAAUGAGUUUCCAGAAAUGAAUCCAUUUAUGGUGGCAUCUGGUCCUGAUAUUGAGCAGUUCACUGAGAGACAGUCCUUCUUCCAAAUCGACUUUUAUCCACUCGUCUGUGCCCUUUUGAAAUUGGACAAACCCAAUCGAAUAGAUGGCAAAAUUGACCGUGUCUUACGAUUCAUGAAAAACCCACCGAGUGAAGAAUUCUUGACUCAGUUCCGCAAAUACGCUGAUGGAACCUUCCAGCCCUAA